UAGUGUCUUAUUGUGUAUUUUAGUAUGCAAAACACAUCAAUGUGUGUUUUAGUCGGAACAAUGAAGGCGGUGCACAGUGUUGCUUGUGUAAUUGUACAAUAAUCAGUCAACUUUACACAAGGAAGGUGAAGAUGUUGUCUGGUCUUGUGGCAAAAAGACUUGUAACGGGCCUGUGUAAGGCUUCAUGGAGACCAGCCAUCACCGGAGUGGUUUCAUCACGUGGUUACCGUGGAGAUUCUCCUGAUGACAGCAAGUUUGACCUGAUUGAGAUUCCUCUGCCCCCAUGGGUGGAUAAGCCAGACGAACCCAUUAACAUCAAGAAACGCCGGCUUCUCUAUGAAAGUCGCAAGAGGGGCAUGUUGGAGAACUGCAUUUUGCUCAGUCUUUUUGCAAAGAGAUACCUGAAUACAAUGACGGAAAGUCAGCUGCAGCAGUAUGACAGACUGAUUAAUGAACCAAGCAAUGACUGGGACAUCUACUAUUGGGCCACAGAAGCUCAUCCAACACCCGAGGUGUAUCAAGGUGAAGUCAUGGACAUGCUGAAGGAGUUCACAAAGAACCGAAACCACGAACAGAGGCUGGAUGCACCCAGCUUGGAGUACCUGGAAAAGGAGAGUCAGUGACCCUCUGGAUCUUCUCAGAGACUCUUAAGGACGUUGAUAUAUGUAAUAAAUAUUCAGGAAGUCAGCAUCAUUAAAUAAAUAGAUCUUGUGAAUGACACCUGGAAAUGUAUAACUUCAUUAUCCAUUGCUUUCCUUUAUUUCACCAUCCAUGUCGUUGGGAAUUGCAUUUAUAAUUAUGAAAAUGUAUUCUAAUUUAAUAACUCAUUACAUUCAAAUACCUUUUGUGUGAGAUCUUCAAUAAAUCUAAAUGUUCUGUUCUGAUUCAGUAUGAUGGAGUACUCGCCCAUGUAUCACAUGAGUAGAUUGCAUGAAAAGAGGGGGCUGUGAUAGACAGUAUCAUUGCUGUGUUACAUAAUAAAGGUUGUUCUGUGUAGUAUCUA